AUCGUGUCCACGUCCUUCUCCUUUUACGACGCCGAGGAGGCGAGGCGCAUCAGCGUCAAGCGCAUCAGCAACCCCGUCCUCUUCGACGCGCUCAACAACCCGGUUCAGGACGGACUGUACGAUCCCGCGCUCGGACCCAUCGACAAGAAGGGGUCUUGCGCCACGUGCAGGCUUAGCGCCAUGCACUGCCCGGGCCACUUCGGCCACAUCGAGCUCGCCGUCCCGGUCUACAACCCCCUGACCUUCGGCACCGUGGUCAGGCUGCUCAGGGGGAUGUGCCUCCACUGCCACCGAUUCAAGAUGGGCGCGGACAGGGUCGCGGCGUACUCGCGCAAGAUGCAGCUCAUCCGCGCCGGCGACCUGAACGCCGCGGCGGAGAUAUCCACCGUCGGCGUCUCCAAGCAGGUCCGCGAGGCCAUCGCCGAGCUCGAGGAGGACGGACUCGGUAGGGACGUGGCGGACGUGGACACGACGGCUGACCGGGUCGUGUGGACCACGAACUCCAUGGUGGAGUCCCGCGAUCUGAUCCGAAAUUUCCUCGCCUCCGUGCCGGCCAAGUGCGAGAACUGCGGGUGCUGCUCCCCCAAGGUGACCCCCGAGGGGGCGAACAAGAUUUACCGCCAGGCGCUGACCAACAAGCAGCGCGAGGCCAACGCCUCGCUCGGGAUCGACCUGGACGGCGAACUCGCGGACUCCGACGACGACGGCUCUGGCUCGGACGACUCCUCCGACUCCUCUGUCUCGGACAGCGACUCCGACUCCGGCGGCUCGGACGAAAAGAAGAGCGAGAAGAAGAAGGUGCGCGUGGACAACGCGACGCAGCAGGCGGGUAAGCAGGUCUUCAUCACCCCGAUCGAGGCUCGCGCGCUCCUCAAGAGGCUGUGGGCGAGAGAGUACGACUUCUGCUCGAUGGUCUGGGCCGCGGCGCCUCCCACGCACGGGCUGACCAAGGGCGCGAAGGAUCCCAUCGUGAACCGAUCCGAUCCCGCCCGGUUCUUCAUGCAGACGGUGCUCGUGACCCCGUGCAAGCUUCGACCGCCGAGCAGGAUGGGAGACAUGAUGUUCGAACACCCGCAGAACACGCACCUCAACGCGAUUAUCCAGGCGAACCUGACCCUGGCGGAGCUCUUCCGAAAGCCUCCGACGGUCCCGGAGCCCCCCGAGGUUCGCGCGCAGCGCGCGGUCCGCGCGUGGCUCACCCUCCAGAGCGGCGUGAACAAGCUGAUCGACUCGUCCAGGGAGGGCGGCGAGGCGGGCGGUCCGGGGAUCCGGCAGCAGCUGGAGAAGAAGCAGGGCCUCUUUCGCAUGAACAUGAUGGGCAAGCGCGUGAAUUACGCCGCCCGCUCGGUGAUCAUGCCCGAUCCGUACCUUCGAACGUCCGAGAUCGGCGUUCCUCCCGUGUUCGCGAAGAAGCUCACGUUUCCGGAGCACGUCACCGAACACAACGUGGACCUGAUGCGCAAGCUGGUUGAAAACGGCCCGGAGAUUCACCCCGGGGCUAACGCCAUCGAGGACGAGCGCGGCCGCGUCAUCCACCUCGACAGGUUCACCGCGGAGAAGCGCGCGGCGAUCGCCAAGACUCUGCUCGCGGCGCCCGCGCCCGUCAGCGGGUCCCGCCCCCUCGCCAAGAAGGUCUACCGCCACCUCCGCGACGGCGACGUGCUGCUGGUGAACCGUCAGCCCACGCUGCACAAGCCGGGUAUCAUGGCGCACACCGCGAAGGUGUUACCCGGCCAGAGGACCAUCCGAAUGCACUACGCCAACUGCAAGACGUACAAUGCCGAUUUCGACGGCGACGAGAUGAACCUCCACUUCCCCCAGGACCACCUCGCGAGGGCCGAGGCGUACGAGAUCGUGCGAGCGGACCAGCAGUACACGGUACCCACGGACGGCUCCCCACUGCGCGGGCUGAUCCAGGACCACGUCGUGGCCGGUGUUUUGCUGACGAAACGCGACACGUUUCUCGACCGGGAGGAGAUGCGGCAGGCGCUGUAUUCGGCGCUUGUCGAUUACGCCGACGAGGACAAAGGGGGGGGGUCCGCCAGGGGGCACUCGAUCACCGUGCCCCCGCCGGCGAUCGUGCAUCCGAGGGAGCUGUGGACGGGCAAGCAGGUGAUAUCGGCGGUGCUCGAUCACAUCACCCACGGCCGACCGGAUAUGACGAUGAGCCACGGGUGCAAGGUGCCCGCCAACUACUGGGGCGGCGAGAACUCCGGCGAGGGCGAGUUUAUCCUUCGCAAAAACUACGUGUGCUGCGGCAUCGUGGACAAGAACACGUUCGGCAACAAGGGGCUCGUGCACGCCGUCGCCGAGCUGCACGGGCGCGUGCUCGCGGGGGACCUGCUGUCCGUGUUGUCCCGGCUGCUCACCGUGUGGCUGCAAAAGUGGGGCAUGACGUGCGGACUCGACGAUCUCAUCCUCACGCCCGAGGCGGAGGUGGGCCGAGCCGAGGAGCUCGCCAAGGCGGCCGCCGCGUGCAGAAGCGCGGCGGCCACGUUCGCCGAGGCUGACGAGAACGUCCCGGACGCGGCGCUCCAACAGCAGAUCGCCGCUAGGCUCGCCGAGCGAGAGGGCGCGGAGGCUAUCCUCGACAUGCGGUCGUCGGGCGCGCUGAACAAGAUCACGUCAGCCGCGGUGACCAAGUGCCUGCCGCACGGAACCAAGAAGCCGUUCCCGAAGAACUGCCUGUCGUUGAUGACGCAGUCGGGGGCGAAGGGUUCCAUGGUGAACUUCUCGCAGAUCGCGGCGUGCUUGGGGCAGCAGGAGCUGGAGGGCCGCCGAGUGCCCCGCAUGAUUUCCGGCAAGACUCUGCCGUGUUUCCAGCCCUUUGACCUGUCCCAGCGCGCGGGCGGGUACAUCGAGGACCGAUUCUUCUCAGGUCUCAGGCCCCAGGAGUACUUCUUCCACUGCAUGGCGGGGCGCGAGGGACUCGUCGACACCGCGGUCAAGACGGCUCGUUCGGGGUACCUGCAGCGGUGCAUGAUCAAGAACCUGGAGACGCUUAGGGUGCACUACGAUCACACCGUCCGCGACUGCGACGGAUCCGUGGUGCAGUUCCAGUACGGCGAGGACGGCGCGGACGUGACCAAGAGUUCGUACGCGAGCGAUUUCCAGUUUCUCGCGGACAACGCCGAGCUCGUCAAGGCCAACUUGCGGGAAGCGGAGGCUGGCAGGGCCGAGGGCAAAGGGGCGAGCAUCAAGGCUGACCUCAAGUCCGUCAAGGGGGUGGUCGAGAGGAAGCCUCCGGAGAAGAAGCAGUCCCUCGUCGCGCAGGCUGGCGUGACCCGCGAGGAGUUCAAGCGCCUGAUGAACUACCGCUACCUCAACCAGCUCGCCGCGCCGGGCGAGGCGGUCGGUUGCAUCGCGGGCCAAUCCGUCGGCGAACCGUCCACGCAGAUGACCCUCAACACCUUCCACUUCGCCGGCCGCGGCGAGGCCAACGUGACGCUCGGAAUCCCCCGCCUUCGCGAGCUCCUCAUGGCCGCCGCGAAGAAGCUCGCGACGCCGGUCAUGACCCUGCCCCUGCUCCCGCACGCCCAGACGAUGGAGCAGGCGGAGAACCUCGCCAGGCGGCUUCGCAGGGUUCGCCUCGCGGAACUCAUCCGGAGACUCUCGGUAACCGAAAACCCGUGCGGGACGUCGCACUCGGGCACCGGUAAGCUCGCACGGACGUACACGGUGUCGAUGCAGCUCCGCGGGCCGAAGACCGGCGAGGACGACGACGACGACGACGCCAGCGCCGACGAUAUGGCCAAAUCGUUCAGGAGGGACUUCGCGAAGCGGCUGUACGGCCGGAUCAAGCUGGAGCUUCGACGCGUGGGCGCCAACGCGGGGAGGAUCGAGGUUUCCAAGGCUGAGAGGGCCGACCGAGGGGCGACCGGCGGCGGCGGCGACGACGACGACGACGACGCCGAGAGGGCGGUCAAGUCGAAGAAGGACGACAAGGAGGACGGCGAGGACGCCUCCGACGACGAGGACGAGGAGGACGAAGAGGCCGCCGAGGACGGCGACGGCGACGCCAUGGACGAGGAAUCCGACUCCGACUCCGACUCCGACUCGGGCUCCGACUCGGGCUCGGACUCGGGCUCGGGCUCGGGCUCCGAGGAUGACGACGGUGACGACACAUCCGGCGCCCGGGAGGAGCCCAAAAAGAAGCCAAAGGCGCCGGCCAAGCCCCGCGCCUCCUCGCGUUCCGUCGGCGGGGACCUCCUCGAGUCCCUCGAGGACAUCGUGGAGACCGUCAACGUCGAUCGCGAGACCCGCACGUGCGUCCUGACGCUGUCCCUCAAGCUCACCGCGCCGCAGCUUCUCGUCCUCGAGCUCUGCGAAAAGGUUGCGUCGGAGACAAUCGUCAGGUCCGUCCCCGGCAUCGACAAGACGUACGUCGUCGGGAAACUGCCAAGCGACGACCCAACGGGCAAGGACCCGCUGCGGAUCCAGACGGACGGCGUCAACUUCGCCGCCGCGUGGGCCAACGACGACCUCGUGGACUGCACCAAGCUCACCACCAACGACGUCUACGCGAUGUUACAAACGUACGGCGUGGAAGCCGCGAGGCAGACGCUGGUGCAGGAGGUGAGGAACGUGUUCGGGGUGUACGGCAUCGGAGUGGACGCCAGGCACCUGACCCUCAUCGCCGAUUUCAUGAUGCAGCAGGGCAACUACCGCCCGUGCAGCCGCGCGGGCAUCGAGACGUCCCCUUCGCCGUUUCUCAAGAUGUCCUACGAGACGGCGGCGGCGUUUUUGGUCGACGCGACGAUGAAGGGUGCCGAGGACACGCUCGAGUCUCCGAGCUCCAGGAUCGUCAUGGGACGGGUCCCGGACCUCGGGACCGGGUCGUUCGGGCUGA